UCAAAUAAUCCAUUUAAGCUUAACCCAUUUGCACCCUCACCGCCGCAACCACCUUCAACGACGGCGAGAAUGGCGUCAGCGGCGGCGUCCGCACUCACUCCUUUGAAUUCACCUCUUGCAUCAUCUAAAAGCCAACUGCAUCAACUCCGUAAACCCUUUCUGAUAAAUGUCCGGAAGAAACACAUAUCAGUGUCCUGCUUAGCAAAAUUGCCAGGGAUGGAGCACUUCAACGACCCUUCUAAGCUCGUAGUCAUGCUGAGUAGUACACAGAAGAAAUUGUGGAACAUGAUUCCAGAUUCAGUUAAACAAUUUCCUUGGAAGAAAGCAGAGACUGUUGCGCUAGAAGAGUUCCUCGCUUUGGCAAAGGAGGCACUGAAGUGGUGUCUGCUUGCAUACUUUGCAUUUAGCUGCCUAUCUGAUAUCUCAUAUUCUAUCUCUAGAAACAAAGAGUUGGUUAUCCCAUUGGGUCUCUUUGUUGGAAUCACGACAACCAAAUUCUUCGAUGAGAUAUCCCGAGAACUCAUGCCUGACAACCAGGAUGGACGCGUUACUUGGAGACUUCCGAGCAUAGCUUUGUUCUUCAUUUUUGUGAAGGCUAUAUCAACAUAUUUGCCUGGAGUAAAUCAUUUUCUUAUGCAUGCUGCAAACGGCGGACUGAUGCAGGUCCUGUGGAAUUGGAAAGACGUGCAGAAACACGAUGGAGACGAAUCUUCUUCGGAUGGCUCUUCGAGCCCUGUUGAUGCUGGUAUUUAGGUAGUUUCUGAGCUUGGUUAACUUCCAAUGUUGUAGUUUUUGUGACAUUUUUGAAUGAUAUAUAAUGAAUGUUAGUGUCACUUAGGUA